ACCAAAUAAGUCUAAAUAGCUACCACCUAGUAGAUAUGGGACUUCGUCAAAAAAAAUAGUUCUUCUUCUUGGAUUGAGCAGCGUGCAUAAUUUUAAUAAACUUGUUAUUUAUUUGUUUACAUUAAAUAAUAUUGUUCGCGAAAAUUUUUGCAAUGAUCGAAUAUUUAUACAGGCAAAUUUUAAUUUAAGUAAACUUCGUACAGAAAAUAUGGAAUAACAAUUGAUAUUUAUUUUUACAAAAAAUAGAAGCAUUUAUAAUUUAGAACUUGUAACAUUUGCGACUUAACCGUAUUUAAACAUUUUUCUUUGAAAUAUAUAAAACGAAGAGAAGAAUUGUUUGAGUUGGUCGUACAAUUUCAAAUGACAUUGGAGCUUUUAAGGAGUUCAUUAAAUCAGGCGAUGUUUUUCCUAUGCAUAUAAAUCUGAGCGAGCGUGUGGAAUUGUUUAUUUUUUACGUAAUACGUAAUACAAGACGCCAGAAAGUUCCCUUCUAACUACAUUAGGAGGGGGUAGAAAUUAAAGCUGUAACUAUUAAAAUUCACUAUUAGAGUUUGAUAUUUUGAUGUCAGAUCAUCAUUAAUCUUGUAAUGAAUUAAUUUGCUUCAAUUCAUUUACUAAUUUUGGAAUUAUAGUGAAAUUGUUAUUUAAAAGGACAGUAAGCUAACAACAUAAUUAUCACAUUUCUGCAACCUUUGUUUAAAAUAUAUUCGAAAUAUAUGGCUUCUAAUGCUAAAGCUGGAGAGAUUGUCCUUGUAAUCGCCGUGUCCAUAUUUUUGUAUUAUUUUUUCUGGGUGUCAAUUCUGCCCUUCAUGCUUAUAGACGAAGGCAACUUGAUACAUUCGUUCUUUCCUCCAUUGGAGUACGCUUUUAUAUUGCCUGCUGUAUUUGGUGUAAUAUUUCUGGGUGGUAUUGUUGUCUUUACCCUCUAUCAUAUAUGGGAUUUUAUUAAGACGAAAAACGCAAAUUGAAUAGUCUGAAGAACGUAGACAGAAGGAACAAAAGAUUUUUAUACAUACCUUAAAAAAGAAACAAACACGUAAUAUAAGUGUCUCACAAACAACAGACAUUGUGUGCUCAAAUAAAUACGUUAAACUCAUAUACUUAUUACUGUAUAACGAAGAAAGUAUAAAUAUACAAAACUAUGCCUCAGUGGCUGGUGAUUGGUAUUUCGGGUGUCACCUGUGGUGGCAAAACUACAUUGGCACACAAGUUACGCGAUUAUUUUAUGAACCAGCGUAACAUUCAAUUGUGGAAUACGCCAUAUACUAUCCAUGAUGUUCAGUUAAUAUCUCAAGAUGAUUACUUUCUUCCCGUUGAUGAUUUGCGACACAAAUGGGUCGAACCACUGAAUGCUAUAAAUUUUGAACUCAUUACGUCAUUGGAUAUGAAGCAAAUGAUUUCUGAUAUUACAUGGACAAUGAAGGGUCGUUACUUGGCCAGUGAUCCUCUUGAAAAUGUUGAUUUCUCCAACGAGAUGGCGCCAUACAGUGGUACAUUUGAACACUUUACAGGUUCGCAAAAUCAACAUUAUGGAAACCCAUAUGUUGGAGCACACCUUCCCACACACCUCAGCAAUAUGCCACAUUUGUCAACUAAACCCCAACAUAAUAAACAUCAUCUUCAACAACACCAGCAGCAACAUCAACAGCAUUACCACAACCACCAUCAUCAGCAUCAACACCAACAUCAUCACAACAACAUGAGCAACCAGAGUCAUCAGCACACAGCUCAUAUUAUGCGUGUCAAUUCGCAAAUGGUUGCCCAAUUGCGCGACAACAAAGUCAACAUUCUAAUUAUUGAGGGCUUUAUGAUUUUCAAUCAGCCCGAGUUACUCACUUUGUGUAACAUUAAAUUCCACUUUCAUCUGCCAUAUGAGAAAUGUUUCGAGCGUCGACGCAAGCGUACCUAUGAUCCUCCAGAUGUCACUGGCUAUUUCGAGAUGUGCGUAUGGCCGCACUAUGAAAAGAACUUUAUGGAUUUUCGCGAUCGCAAAGAUAUCACGUUUUUGAAUGGUGAAAUAAGUAAAGAAAAGAUUUUCAAAUUUGUUCUACAGCGUAUUGUUCAAUAUUUUGAAGAACGUUGCGAUGUGGCCUGUCCGCCGCCCCACAAACUUUUAGGAAUUCCAAGUUGCAGCAAUGGCAACAUUAAUACCAGUCCAAAGAUGCAAACAUGUCCCAUGGAACAACAAUAAGAUAGCCGUUUAAGAUUUGUUCGUUACGUCAUUCGUUCAUACGUUUCGAAGGGAGGCUUAAUUUCGAAUAUACCUCGUCCACAAUGCGGUAUCAGAAAAUCUAUUUUAUUUAAUUUAAUUUGAUGAUGUAAUUACAUAUUAUAAAUAUCGUUAGUAACUUUUUCUUUAAGCAAAUGCACAUACAUACAUGUAAUAUGUAAAUAUGUAUAGUUUCUCUACUAAUUUAUUUAUAUAGAUUUAAAUGUAUAUACACAUAUAAUAUGUACUACACAAUUACUGAAAAUAAACUUUAAUUGGAAAUGUUUAUGUUAUAAUUUAUAAGUUGAAAUCGAAUAUUCGAAUUUUAAUUUUAAUUUAACUGUGAAUAAGUGGUUUUUUGAAUAAAAAGUAAAAUAUGUAUAUGAAAUAUUUAUUAACUUGUAAGAAUUGUAAUGUGAAUAAAUAAAAGGAAAUGCAUAUAAA